AUGAGGAACAACCUUGAGUACUUCUUCAGACUUCCCCAGGACGAGAAGAAGAGAUUUGGUCAGGUGCCAACUGGUCUAGACUUCCAAGGGUCGGAACCUCAAGCGGCGCUUGACUGGUCUGAAAGGCUUGACCUGGGUCCCGAUCGUGACAUUACAACAUGGCCUACAACUCCUGCUAAUUUCAGGGAAAAGAGGGGAAAAUGGAAAAACAACAUCGCUUGCCCCAGCAGAAUGGGGAGCCUUGCUGGGCGACAGCGGCAGUGCCGGUGCACCAAUGGGGAGCCUCGCCGCCGCAGCUGCCGCGCCGAUGGGGAGGCGCGCUGCCGCCGACUCACACUGCCGCGAGCGAUGCAGGAGGCCGCGCGUGGCUGGGGGGGCAGCGCACAACAGUUGCCAGAGGAAGGAGAGAUCUCACCGGAGGGAGGAGAGGAGGUCGCGCCGGCAGAUCUUGGAGGGACGAUGGAGGAAGCAGGGAGGGCCGGAGGGGAGACCGAGAGGUGCCGUCGCCGUUUGCUGGGUUGGGACGAACGGAGGAGAAAGGAUAGGGUGACGAGCUAG